AUGUCAUCGUCGUCUAAGAGAGAGAUUGUUGAUGAUGGUAGAGGAGCUGAUGAUGAGGAAGCGACGGUGGUUCUGUUGAGGUCGUGUGUUGAGAGAAACCCUUUUAUUGGGGAGCCACAUUUGGUGUUGGCUCAGGUUUAUUUGACAAAAGCAAAGUUUGAGGAGGCAGAGAGAGAGGCAGAGAGAGGGCUGACUCUGAUGUUGGAAUGGGGGAGUGCUUGGGACAAGAGGAUGUCUUGGGAAGGAUGGAUUGCUUGGGCAAGAGUGCUGCUUAUGAAGGCAAGAGACAGAUCAUGGCCACAAACUUCCUGGGGCAUCCUCAACUUGGGCCUUGUCAAGUAG